CUUAUACAUUAUAUAUAUAUAUAUAUAUAUAUAUAUGUGGGCGGCAGUUUGUAAUAAUUUAUCUGUAACUUUACGGUUUAGGACACGCAGAUCCUUUUUGUAAAAGCGGCAGGCAAAUGCAUGUAGUACCAGAAUGAAUGCCAACAUACGAGAAAUGGCGUGGUGAUAUAGCUUUACAAUAGCUAUUAACCUUUAGCUUAUUUAAUUAGCGAUAUCAUCCGUCCUCAUAUCUAUCUUCCAACGUCUACCCUCCGCUUAGUUCAGCACUUCUAAUAUACAAGUCUCAAAGCCUUUGGCGAAGCGUUGACAGAAUGGCUCUUGACAAGACAGGAUACCCUCCUCUUGACUUUGAGACAUUCUACAAUAUAAUCGACGGGGAACUUUCAUCCACCCAGAAUAAUGUUCGUUACGGCAUAAAUCCGUUUACUUUAGAGAAGAACCCGGCAGUCCCAGUAAGUUCACUACACGAUGUCGACCGAGCUGUUGAAGCAGCCGGAAGAGCAGCAAAAUCAUGGGCCGAGGUCCCCUGGGACACACGUGUGAGCGCAAUCAGAGAAUACGCCAAUGCCAUCGAAGAUAAAGCCGAAGACUUUGCCCGGAUCCUAAUGAUGGACACCGGCAAGACUGUCAAUUUGGCUCGAGACGAAAUCAGCACAUGUAUCCAAUAUCUCAGGGGAUUCUGCCAGCUAUCCCUCCCUAGCGAAGUCAUCGAAGACGCCAAAGAACGCAAAGUUGUUACUCGAUACACACCUGUUGGUGUUGUGGCCGGGAUUUCCCCUUGGAAUUUUCCUGUUCAAGUCGCUUGUACAUGGAUGGCGCCUGCUAUACUAACUGGUAACGCCUACAUAUGGAAGCCAUCUCCUUAUACGCCCUACUGCAGCCUUAAGUUUGCUGAGUUGGGCCAACAUUUUUUCCCUCCCGGUGUGCUACAAGCCUUGAGCGGGGAUGACGAUUUGGGACCUUUACUAACCGAACACCCGAAUAUUCAAAUGGUGAGCUUCACUGGUAGUACUCCGGUGGGGAAAAAGGUAAUGGAGUCUUGUAGCAAGACAUUGAAGCGAGUGGUAAUGGAAUUAGGCGGUAACGAUCCGGCUAUCGUUUGUGCCAAUGUCGAUCCCGUCUCUGUGGCGAUAAAAAUCGCAUCUGUUGCUUUCUGCCACUCGGGCCAGAUAUGCAUAGCAACGAAACGAAUCUAUAUCCACGAAGCGGUUUAUGACGCUGUGCUGGCUGCGAUGGUCGAGUUUGUGAAAACCUUGAAGUUGGGCUCUGGCGAAGACGCUUAUACUGGACCAAUAAAUAACAAAAAUCACUUCGAGUAUGUCAAGGACCUACUCGCGGAUGUAGAAAGAACAAAGCUUACUGUUGCAACGGGGAGUACGAAGCCCCCAUCUGAUAUGGGCGGUUACUACAUUGUCCCAACAAUCAUCGAUAACCCACCAGAUGACGCGAGGGUUGUCGUAGAAGAGCAGUUCGCGCCUGUUCUUCCCCUGAUGAAAUGGUCAGACGAGGCCGAUGUCAUUUCUAGGGCUAACAACACCAACAUGGGCCUUGGUGCAUCGGUUUGGAGUCGAGAUAUGGACCAAGCUGAGCGUUUGGGAAAGCAGCUUCAGGCUGGUAACAUUUGGAUCAACACACACGCUGAGCUUCAAACUAGCGCCCCAUUUCCAGCCCACAAACAGAGCGGACUCGGAACUGCAAUGGCAGUCGAUGGCCUUAAGGCUUGUUGCAAUGUUCAGACCAUACACACUCGCCCAGCCGAUGGCACUACAUAAUGAUAGAGCGACUGGUAGGAGAAGGAUCAUACAC